AAUCACGCAGUUUGAAUAUUUCCUUUCAUAGUCGAUCAUGACACCCUAACCCUACUUCUACUCCAUUAACUUUUCUUUGACGCGCGUCUUCCUAUCCUGGAGACUAUAGGCAAAAGAGAGACUACGUAUUAGCAUUGAACAAUAAAUGGAGAGAUAUUUGAGAGAGAACUUCGACGUGGAGCCCAAGAGGCCGUCCGAUGAAGCCAUUAGGAGAUGGAGAUUGGCCGUCUCCGUCGUCAAGAAUCCCCGUCGCAGGUUCCGCAUGGUCGCCGAUCUCGCAAAGCGCGCCGAAACCGAAAGAAAGCGUCGGGAGCUCCAGGAAAAGAUACGAGUAGCUAUAUGCGUAAACAAGGCUGCAUUGCACUUCAUUGGCGGCAUUGACAGCACUAUUACAUCUGGGAAGCAAGCUUCUUACAGGCUCUCUAAAGAGGUUAGGGAAGCUGGAUUUGGCAUUGAACCUGAUGAACUAGUAUCCAUCGUUGGUCCCCAUGAUGCCAAAAGAUUGGAGCAUCAUGGAGGAGUUGAAGGAUUAGCAAGAGACCUCUCUGUGUCUUUGAAGGAUGGUGUUGUUUCUAGUGACAUACCCGUCAGGCAAAAUAUUUAUGGUUUAAACAGAUAUGUGGAGAAACCUUCCAGAAGUUUUUGGAUGUUUGUCUGGGAAGCCCUACAAGAUUUAACUCUACUUAUCCUCAUUGUUUGUGCUGUCAUUUCGAUAGGUGUUGGAAUUGCCACUGAAGGUUGGCCAAAGGGUUUGUACGAUGGGUUAGGAAUUUUACUCUGCAUACUCCUAGUAGUACUGGUCACUGCAAUCAGUGACUACAAGCAGUCUUUGCAAUUCAAGAAAUUGGAUAAGGAGAAGAAAAAUAUAAUUGUUCAAGUCACCAGAGAUGGGUGCAGACAGAAGGUUUCAGUCUAUGAUUUGGUGGUUGGAGAUGUUGUUCAUCUAUCAAUUGGAGAUCAAGUUCCCGCCGACGGCGUUUUCGUAUCGGGCUAUAGCUUAUCGAUUGAUGAAUCGAGUUUGUCGGGGGAGAGUGAGCCAGUGGAUGUAGCCGAAGGCAGGCCUUUUCUUCUGUCAGGAACAAAAGUGCAAGAUGGGUCUGGUAAAAUGCUUGUGACAUCAGUUGGUAUGAGGACUGAAUGGGGAAGAUUGAUGGUUACUCUGAGUGAAGGGGGAGAAGAUGAGACACCACUUCAGGUGAAGCUUAAUGGAGUGGCAACCAUUAUUGGGAAGAUUGGUUUGGGUUUUGCAGUGCUAACAUUUUUUGUUCUGACUGCAAGGUUUUUAGUGGAGAAGGCACUUCACAAUAUGAUCACAGACUGGUCUGCAAGUGAUGCAAUGAAGAUUCUCAAUUACUUUGCUAUUUCAGUGACUAUACUAGUUGUUGCAGUUCCGGAGGGAUUGCCUCUUGCAGUGACUCUAAGUCUUGCCUUUGCAAUGAAAAAACUGAUGAGUGAUAUGGCACUUGUAAGGCAUCUCUCUGCAUGUGAAACAAUGGGUUCUGCUAGUUGCAUUUGCACUGAUAAAACAGGAACGUUGACCACAAAUCAUAUGGUUGUGAACAAAAUAUGGAUCUGCGGAAAAAGUAUGCAGAUAAGUAAAGGGAAUGAGGAUGUGCUAAAGACCUCAGUCUCUGAAAGAGUAUUUAACCAUCUUCUGCAGUCGAUUUUUCUGAAUACUAGCUCGGAGGUAGUCAAAGGGAAGGACUUAAAGCAAAACAUCAUAGGGACUCCAACAGAGACCGCACUUAUGGAAUUUGGGUUGCUAUUGGGAGGUGAUUUUAAUGGUUAUCGCGAGGAUUAUAAGAUAGUAAAGGUUGAGCCUUUCAAUUCAAUCAAAAAGAAGAUGUCUGUUCUUGUGGCUCUUCCUGGUGGCGGCGGCAGCUUUCGAGCGUUCUGCAAAGGUGCAUCAGAAAUAAUUUUAAAAACGUGUGAUAAGAUUAUUAAUGCUGAUGGGGAAGCCAUUCCUUUGUCUGAAGAACAGAGAAAGAACAUCACAGAUGUCAUAAAUGGCUUUGCUUGUGAAGCUCUCAGAACUCUAUGCAUAGCCUUCAGGGAUAUACAGGACUCUUCCAACCUGGAUAGCAUACCUGAUGAUGGUUAUACAUUAAUAGUUGUUAUUGGAAUUAAGGAUCCUGUUCGUCCGGGGGUAAAGGAAGCCGUUAAGACUUGUUUAGCCGCCGGGAUUACCGUGCGGAUGGUCACCGGUGAUAAUAUUAAUACUGCUAAAGCCAUAGCUAAAGAAUGUGGUAUCUUGACAGAAGAUGGUCUGGCAAUAGAAGGGCCUGAAUUCCGCAGCAAGAGCCCACAUGAGAUGAAGGAGUUGAUUCCAAAACUACAGGUAAUGGCUAGAUCACUGCCUUUGGAUAAGCACACCCUGGUAACCCAGUUGAGGACUGUGUAUAAAGAAGUUGUGGCAGUGACUGGUGAUGGGACCAAUGAUGCUCCUGCAUUGCAUGAGGCUGACAUUGGACUUGCCAUGGGCAUAGCAGGAACAGAGGUGGCAAAAGAAAAUGCUGAUGUUAUCAUAAUGGAUGAUAACUUUAGCACUAUAGUGAAUGUUGCCAGAUGGGGUCGUGCAGUUUAUAUUAACAUUCAAAAGUUUGUGCAGUUCCAGUUAACAGUUAAUGUUGUUGCUCUCAUGCUCAACUUCAUCUGUGCAUGCAUCUCAGGCACUGCUCCUCUUACAACCGUACAAAUGCUUUGGGUAAACUUAAUCAUGGACACUCUUGGAGCAUUGGCACUGGCUACAGAACCUCCACAUGAUGGGCUGAUGAAAAGACCCCCAAUUGGGAGGAAUACAAAAUUCAUCACUAGGAUCAUGUGGAGGAAUAUUAUCGCUCACAGCAUAUAUCAAAUUCUUGUUCUUUUGAUUCUCAAAUUUGAAGGGAAGCGUCUUCUUAAGCUCUCUGGCUCAGAUGCUAAUUCCAUUCUCAAUACAGUCAUAUUCAAUUCCUUUGUGUUUUGCCAGGUAUUCAAUGAGAUAAACAGCCGUGAUAUGGAGAAGAUAAAUGUUUUCAGAGGAAUGUUUGACAGUUGGGUUUUCCUGAUUGUCAUGGUCUCCACAGUAGGUUUCCAAAUCAUAAUAGUGGAAUUUUUAGGCACUUUUGCAAACACGGUGCCACUUAGCUGGGAAUUGUGGUUAACCAGUGUCCUAAUUGGGGCUGCAAGUUUAGUUGUUGCUGUCAUCAUAAAAUGCAUUCCUGUUGGACCAACCCAGAACACUGCUGAGCAACAUGAUGGCUAUGAACCACUCCCUGAUGGUCCAGAGCUGGCAUGAAAGACUAUGAUGGAUGUUUGUGAAGUAUCCAAUUCUAAAAAUCAUAUCUCAGGUGAAUUCAUUUAUAUUCUAUCGAAUAAAUGGAGGAUUCCAAUAAAGGUCAAUGGUGAGCUCUUCUUGAACCAAGAGCCUUCCACACAUUUUGCAGGAACGAAGUGUUAAGAUUCUUUCAACGGUCUCUCCUUAUUUGUUAUUUUCAACUA